UGGUGCACUUUUCAACUAAUAUGCCUCGUUUACACCGAAACUGACGUACUGAAAUCGAACCAGUGAUCACUUUUACACUUAAAAUAGAUACCCCGCUCACAGUUCGGAUGAAGUCGCGCUGAACUACACCGGCGGUGUUACACGGCGCGCCAUGAGCCUGUCGCGUCUGCGCAAUUCUUUCUCUCACAUCGCAAUUCGCAAAACGAGAAGGCACCAACACAACAAGUGGAUAUUAUAUUAUGGUUUUGGUGGUUUUGGCUAUUACUUGUUUGUGUUAUUGUGACAAUAAUGAAAGGUGUUAAAGUUAGAUACAACAAUAUUACGAAAUGGAUGAUUCUGAAUGAAGCAGUCUCAUUUCCUGACUUUUGUGCAGACAUACAAAAGAAAUUUAGUAUCGAUGGAAAUAUUAUUUUAAUGGAUACAGAUGGCGCAGAAAUCGAGGAAGAUGUCUUUCAAUUAUUUAUCACAACCAAUGAAUCCAUCACAUUUGUAGCAGUGACGAAAGAAACAAGGGAUUGUGGCAUUUUCUCAAGCGGCUACACUAAUCUUGAUUCGCCUUGCGAUGAAGCAACACCAAGUUGUUCAUCUGUUUCCACGUUAACUACAACUUCGUCGUUAGAUGAAGGUUUAUACUUGAAUGAAAUUUUUGAUUUACGGUCUCAAAUACGUCAAUCUGGAGGUCAGUACAUAUUAGACGAAUACGAAAAAAAUCAAUUUCUUACGGAUCGAACUAGGAUUCACUUGGUGAAUAUUGUGGCAAACAUUCUUUUUAACAUAUAUCAACACAAUGUUCCAAAACUGGAAAAGAUGAAAUAUGCUGAAGAAAUUGUUACCAUAUUUCCUAACUUAAAAAAUCCCGUACUACUGGCGGUUAUGUAA